AAUACUCUUUUCUCCUUCCGUUUCUCUCUCAAUCUCAACAACAUUCUGAUUCUUCUUCUUCUUCUCCUCUCCCAUUCGUAAUCAACAUUGCAAUUGAAAUUGAAAUUGAAAUCCCUCUGUGUAUGGCAGUUAAAUUGUUAUCAGGUUAUGAGGUUUCCGAUCUCUGUCUUGGCAAACCCGCGCUCAGGUCCCUUCGUCUCACCGACACCGUCGCCGACGCCCUCUCCGCCUUAAAGAGAACCGCCGGAGACACCCACCACCUCAGCGUCUGGAACUGCCACCAUUCCCUCACCAACAACAUCAACAAAUUACAAUCUGACGAAGACAAACAGGAGGAUAAGGAUUGCAUAUGCAUCGGUAAGGUUUGCAUGGUCGACAUCAUCUGCUUCCUUUGCAAACCCCUCAACCUCGCUUCCCCUUCCGCCGCCCUGUGCUCCCCCGUCUCCGUUCUCCUCCCUGACCAUUCCGCCGCCCUCCUCCGCCACCUACAACCCAAUGCCAGCUUAUUGGAGGGAAUCGAUGCUAUGUAUGAAGGGGUGCACAAUCUGGUGAUACCCAUACACAAAGAGAACAGGACAAGGAGAAAAGAGGUUGAAUCUUUGGAGUGGUCAAGAACCCUGCACAACAAAAACCGCACCUACUGUUGGCUCACACAAGAGGACGUGAUUCGCUUCCUCAUCAACUCAAUCGGAGUGUUCUCCCCAACACCAGCAAGCCCCAUCAACACCCUCAACGUCAUCGACACACAGAACAUCUUCGCCGUCAGCUACGACGACCCUGCUUCCUCUGCUCUGAACCUUCUCACCGCCUCCCUCCUCCACCAAUCCUCCGUCGCCAUUGUCGACCCGCAGGGGAAGCUCGUCGGUGAAAUCUCCCCUUCCAUGCUAAACUCCUGCGACGAGGCCGUCGCCCCCGCCAUUGCCACUCUCUCCGCCGGUGACCUCAUGGCCUACAUAGACUGUGGUUCCCCGCCGGAGGACAUGGUCCAGCUGGUGAAAGAGAGACUCGAGGAACAGAAUCUAGGUGCGGCUGUGGAGUUGUUGCUUGGUGGCGAUGAAAGUGGGGUUGUGCUACCUUCUUGGCCGUCGUUUUCUUCAACGUCUUCUUCGUCGGAUGAGGACUUUGGCAGCUCCGGGAAGAGCUGGAAGUCCUCGGCGGCGAGGGGGGCGAGGAGAACGGAGGCGACUGUAACUGUUUGCUAUCCGUGGAGCUCGUUGGUGGCGGUGAUGAUUCAGGCACUUGCACACAGGGUGAGUUACGCGUGGGUUGUGGAAGAGGAUGGGACCUUGAUGGGGAUUGUUACGUUUGAAAAUAUGUUGAAAAUUUUCAGGGAACAGCUGAAAUCAAUGUGCUAACAGUAGUGAUAAAUGCUCUAUGGACAUGUUUUUGUAUUAUUUUAUGUCACCUGUUUUGUCAAUGAAUCUAAUAUUGUGAGAUAGAUACUACGGAUUGUGCUUACACGAUGAUGUUUGUUUGUUGCUGAUGAACAGGGUACCACGGUGCCAGAAACAAAAGUGUGUUUUUCCUCUUGUAUA